CUCCAGGUCCUCCUGGACGAGCAGGCUUUCCGGCUGACAAAGGAAGUAUGGGAAUACCAGGGAGAAUGGGCUUAAAAGGACACACAGGGGAGAAGGGAGCACCAGGCGAGCCAGGUCUAUCUAUCAUUGGACCAAGAGGACCUCCUGGACAACCCGGAACAAGAGGCUUUCCAGGCUUUCCGGGUCCAAUUGGUUUGGAUGGCAAAUCUGGUCAGAACGGAGGGAAGGGAGACAUGGGUCAACGUGGUCCUAAGGGACAGCCGGGGGAACUUGGACCCAAAGGAGAGAAGGGCGUAUGUGGAGACUACACACACCGGGACCUCUUUGUGCAGGAUCUUCCAUUGAAAACCCUGGCUGCCUUGCGCUCCAGUCAGUCUCUGAUGUUAAAGGGCGAGCCUGGAGCGCAGGGACCCCCAGGACUUCCAGGACCCCCUGGACCCCCAGGCUUGAUUGGAACUGGUGGCACACCGGGUAAACCCGGUGAGCCAGGCAAACCAGGAAAAGACCCAAGGCUCAUACCAGGACUGAAGGGUGAGCCAGGUGUUCCAGGGCAUAAGGGUGAUCGAGGCAAUGUAGGCCCAUUAGGUCCUGAAGGCCAUAAGGGAAUUAAAGGCGAUCAGGGAAUUGAGGGAGACCGAGGUUUCCCAGGCGCUCCUGGGUUAAAGGGUCAGGCUGGCAUCUCUGGUACCCCUGGCAUCCCUGGCAAGAGGGGCUACAGGGGUGAGAAGGGACAGUCAAGCACAGCAGCCACAGGUAUUAAAGGAGAACCAGGUUCAUCGGGACUGCCAGGCCUAACGGGACCCAAGGGUGAAAAGGGUGAUACAGGAGUCGAGGGGCAUACAGGUGCUGAAGGCCCAGCUGGACCAAGAGGUCCUCCAGGCCCAACCGGAGAGCCAGGAAAGGCUGAAAUUCAGAAUAAUGAAAAUGAUAUUCGCAACAUACCUUUGAUGGGUCCCCCUGGAUUACCUGGACCUCCAGGGUCCCCUGGCAUCUCAGGUGUCAAGGGCGAUGUCGGUCUACCAGGUCCACCUGGACUGGACGGCGAGAAGGGACCCAGAGGGAAGCCAGGAGAGCCUGGUCCUUCAGGCCCAGCUGGUCCUCUAGGUCCCAGAGGCGAGGAUGGUGUCAUGGGCUUCCCGGGUCCCAAGGGAGACAUGGGUCCAUCUGGUUCACCUGGUUUAGAUGGCCCUACUGGUGAAAAGGGGGCUACAGGGGCCUCUGGCUCUAUUGGAUUACCUGGCGCAAUGGGUCAUAAAGGCGAACCUGGGGAAGUAGCGAGGUCGGAAAUGAUAUAUGGUCCUCCAGGGCCUUCAGGACCUCCAGGACCAGUUGGCCCAGCAGGAUCCCAAGGAUUUUCCGGGCCUAAGGGAGAGCCAGGCAUCGGCGUCAGAGGAGAAAAGGGAGCAUCAGGUCAUAAGGGCGACAAGGGAGACAGAGGCCAUCUUGGACUACCUGGGGCUCAUGGGUUAGACGGCAGACCGGGUCCAGUGGGUCUAAUAGGACCAGCAGGUGUGUCAGGGCCAGCGGGACCAAAAGGAGAGAGAGGUGAAAAGGGAGACGGAGGAUUACCAGGACCAACUGGGCCUCAAGGCAUCCCUGGUUUAGUAGGACCACAAGCACUCAAAGGGAACCGGGGAGAGAGGGGCAAGAAAGGCAACAGGGGGGCCAAAGGGGAUAAGGGAGACCAAGGAGCACCUGGAUUAGAUGCCCCCUGUCCGUUGGGGGACGAUGGCUUACCUGUACCAGGAUGCUGGAAUAAAUGACAAUAACUUUGGAAUGGCUGAUGUGAUUGUACAUAGGAUAUUUAUUUUUUUACUUUAUCUCUAUUCUGUUAAACGUGGAAAAAUGUUUUUAAAAAAUCCUAAAAAUAUAUGGCAAAGUUUUUGUACAGAUUGUUUAAAACGUAUGCUAAUGUUUGCGUAUUCAAUUUUUAUACCAAUGCAUUAUUUUAAUAUUGGAUAAGUAAAAAUUAUAAUGUUGCAACAUAUGCAUGAUAUUUGUGCAUAAUGUGAGUGAUAAUGCUUAUUAACUUAUUGCAUUAUAUUGUUUUGUUCUAUUGUAAUAGACCAUGCUGCACUGAGUUGUGGGGCUGGAAAGAUUAUGUGUUAGCCUUUUGAAAGUCUUAGUUGAACUCUCCUCUUUGUGAUGAAGUCUUAAAAACAUGGACAAGCAGUACAGUAACACUUGUUUCAAAUUUCAUUAAUAUAGACAGAGUGACAGAAAGGUCUUUAAAGUCUGAACUUUGAAUUUUUGGUCAUGUGCUCAUAUUGUACCGAUGAACAUGCAGACUUAUCAGACAUAUCAGAUUUAAGGCUGUCAGACAACAUUGGUCCUCCUCCAUGUUAGUUUUUCCUCUAAAUUACACUCACACACUCCAGUUGAGAAGGUGGCGGUAAUGGACCAAAAUGUUGUUUAUCAAAAUUUUCUGUGAGAUUCCAAGUCUCUGGAAAUCUAGUGUGAAAGUGAACAAAUGAUCUAGUGUUUGCAUUCUGACAUAAGAAGAUAAUUUAAAUCGGUCAUAUGGUCUGUGGCCACCCACGUUUUAAAAUCGGUAAAGAGUUUAACAAAUUCUACUGUGCAGCAGCCUUUUCAUUAUUUAAGGGUUGAGCCCUGUGAUCAACAAAAGGCAUUAAAAUCAGAGAAGUCCUAAAUAGAACUGUAUACAUCAAUGUAUCAUGCUAUUAGCUUACAAGCUGAAAUCAAGUGGAAAAAGAAACUGAAACUUUCAUCUGAGAGGUGAAGGAAAAACAAAAAUAAUUACAAUUUCAACAGGGUCUCACCUGACCUUUGAUGUCAGUGCUCGGGCCCUAAUUAUAUUGUCUUAUUUUUUUUUCAUUUCACUGCCUUUGCUCAUUUUUGCUAAUUUGUGUUGCACCAAACAAAAAUGAAAUAAUAUUGGCUAUAUUCUGUUAAAAAAUGAAAAAUAAUAAUAAUUAAAUUAAAAUGAUUAAUGAAACAAAAAUAAUUUCCUGACUAAAUAUGAUAGGACUUUCAGUAUACAUAGAAUAAAACAUAGAUUUGCACUAAAGGCUCCCAAAGAGUUUAUGAUCUAGGUUGUUUUUAUAACUGCAGUGAAUGCUAUGAAGUCUGCUCUGCAAAAUAUGCUCGCCAGCGGAUGAAUCCACUCCAAAAAAUAUAAAUUGUGUAAUAAAGUACAUGAGGUAAUGCAAUUUAAGGUUUAUAUGCCGUGGUAUUUAAAUGGUGAGAUCUGAUAGCUGUGAUUAUGGACUGAAUCUUUCAACAGGCAUUAUAUCCAAACCACACUAUUCCACGGUGGUGGGCUAAUCAUUAUGUGACAGCCUUAAAUUCUGUGUCUAAGGUCUGAUGGCUCAUUAUCAACAAGUAUUGCAGACAAUCAAAGUUUGCUGUUAACGUUUUGUGUCAUGGAGGAGGGUGUCAACCAAGACGUCUUAACCAUUUGAAGCUUUAAAGUCUUAGUUGUAUAGCAGGAAAGCGACGGCUCUAUUUAUCUAAGCUUCUUGUACACAUAUUCUCUCUAGUUUCAGGUCACUGAAAAUAAUUUUGCCAAAUAUUUCGGGCCAUUUCCUGCUUUACAAUUGUCAGGCUCUAUGUAUUAACUGUUUGUUGUGUUGCUCAUCUGCCUUCUAAUCUGAGGCACAGUACAGCCCAUAUUGUUGGAUGAAAAUAUUGCUGCUCACCCUCAAGGCAUACUGCUGCAAUUGUCACAUUUUCUCAUCCGUUUAUGAAGAAAGCUCUAACCUGCCUGGACUAUGGACUAUUUUUUUAAAUCAAGAACUAGAUGAUUUUAUCCACAUGAGUUGUUUAUGGUGUAACUGUACUUGUUAAGCUAACCUCAGUAACUUUACCAAGUGAGUUGGUGUUGAAGAAAUGGAUGGACUGACCAGAGUGAAGCUUGAUCCAUUACGUGCUGCUGCUCUUUGACAAACCUUUCAUUUGUGUGUCGCUUUGCCUGAGUUUGAUUGUCUACAGCCAUGCGAGAUUUUUUUUAAGCUUUGACAGUUAUAAAUCCAUCAUGUGCUGCAGGUGCUGCACAGUUCCUCACAUUAACUCCUGCCUUAGUCUCCAGCUGGCAUACCUAAGUCCAGAUUUGCUCUGAAAUGUUUCAAAUGUUUAUGGUGUUUAAAGUGACAAUUAAAUAUUAAUUUCUGAA